CCUCUUUCCAAAAAACAAACAAACAAACCCUAAUCUAAUCUAAUCUAUUUUAAUUCUCCCUGAUCUUUUCCAAUUUGUUCUCUUCAAGUCUUUCUAUCGAUUUCGUUAAUAAUUUUCGCCCAAUUUGAGCUCGAAAUCUUUCAUUUUACCUUUCUCAGCGGAUCAGAUUUCGUUUAUGUUUUCAUUUCGGAUGGUGUGAGGAUUUAUUGAGAAGUGGUGAUAUAGAGUCAUGGGCAGCAGUGAGGUGGAUAAGCAAGCUAAAGAAAAGGAAGCAAAGAUGCCGCCCGCUGCUACCACACAGGAGCAGACUGCAACUACUAGCACUGGCACUGUGAAUCCAGACUGGUCCGGAUUUCAGGCAUAUUCUCCUAUACCUCCUCAUGGGUUCUUGGCAUCAAGUCCCCAAGCUCACCCAUACAUGUGGGGGGUUCAGCAUCUUAUGCCUCCCUAUGCUACCCCACCACAUCCAUAUGUUGCAAUGUAUCCCCAUGGCGGCAUAUAUGCCCAUCCAUCCAUGCCUCCGGGAUCUUAUCCUUUUAGUCCUUUUGCAAUGCCUUCCCCAAAUGGGAUCGCUGAAGCAUCUGGAAAUACUCCAGGAAGCAUGGAAGCAGAUGGUAAACCAUCUGAUGUGAAGGAAAAGUUGCCGAUUAAAAGAUCAAAAGGAAGUUUGGGUAGUUUGAAUUUGAUCGCUGGGAAGAAUAAUGAACUUGCUAAAACAUCAGGAGCAUCUGCUAAUGGAGCCUAUUCUAAAAGUGGAGAGAGUGCAAGUGAGGGUACAAGUGAAGGAAGUGAUGCCAAUUCUCAGAAUGGCUCACAGAUGAAGUCUGGAUGCAGGCAAGACUCUGCGGAAGGUGAAGCAUCUCAGAAUGGCAGUUCUGCACAUGGUUCUCAAAAUGGAGGACCAAAUACAUCUCAUCCUAUGGUGAAUCAAACAAUGACCAUAAUGCCAAUGUCAGCUGCCGCUGCUCCUGGAGCUGUUCCUGGACCCACAACAAACUUAAAUAUUGGAAUGGACUACUGGGGUGCUCCAGCUUCAUCCAAUAUGCCUGCGAUACGAGGCAAGGUUCCUUCAACUCCUGUUGCUGGAGGAAUGGUUACUGCUGGAUCACGGGACAAUGUUCAGUCACAGCUUUGGUUACAGGAUGAACGUGAGAUUAAAAGACAGAGAAGGAAGCAGUCCAACAGAGAGUCUGCACGGCGGUCGCGAUUGCGUAAGCAGGCGGAAUGUGAUGAGCUUGCACAGCGUGCUGAAGCUUUGAAAGAGGAAAAUGCCAAUCUAAGAUCAGAAGUGAAUCGAAUCAGGAGUGAUUAUGAGCAACUUCUUGCGGAGAAUGCGACUCUGAAGGAGCGACUAGGGGAAGUUCCUGGGCAAGAAGAUCUGAGGUCAGGUAGGAAUGACCAACAUUUGAGCAAUGAUACACAACAGAUGGGGCAAAGUGAGCUGGUGCAGAGUGGUCACUAGGACCGACCGUGGCUGCCUUGCCUUGGUGCCACUUUCCAGGAGCAUGACCUAACCAAUUAGCGACUGAAAGUUGUUUUGCAUAGAAUGUAGCUUAAAUUUUAUCACAGCUGACCUUUUUUUUUUUUUUUUUUUGGAUAGUUGUAGGAUGUGUUUCUCUCAUAGCAUUCCCCAUUCCCUUGUUGAGCCUCUCUCUUUACGAAAUGAAGGCCUGGGAUGAUAAGCGGAGUGCGAAAUUGUGGCAUUACCCUUGUCUGUUUAAAAAGAGGGUAGUAGUAGCAAGCAAGAUUUUUAAGAGUAAUCUAUCUGUAUUGAAUAUGAAUAUGAAUGGUUGAUGAUGAAUUUGUGAUCAGAGAAGGAUUAAAUUAACUUUUUUAAACAA